CAGGAAUUGAAUUGAAUUCCCCUAACGGAUAAACCUGUAAAACUAACACACUCCAAUUCAAAAACCCUUGAAAAAACCCUAAAACUCAAAUUCCACAAUUCCCUUCCACAUUGAAAUCAAUGGCUUUGGCUGUCUCAAAUGUCCUUAACUGCCCAAAACGCCAAAUUUCCCAAAGGAAUUACACUCUCGAAAGCUCAGUUUUAAAAUCCCCCCCUUCUUUUCUCAGAUUUCCUAGAGUUGAAAGGCAACAUAAAUGUUUUAUUUAUGCUUCUGCGUCCGCAGCAGGAGGCUCUAGGUCAGAUAAUGACUUAAACCCAUAUGAGGUUCUUGGUGUGAAUCCCGUCGAGGGGUUUGAUAUGGUCAAGGCAGCGUAUGCAAAAAAGCGCAAACAGGCCCACAUAGAGGGUGAUGAAGUAGCUGCUGCUCAGCUAGAGAAGGCAUAUGAUAAAUUGAUGAUGGCUCAGUUAAGUAAUCGGAAGAAGGGUGUGACUUAUGGUUCAUUCAAGGUCUCAAAGGACAUAAAAUAUGCUGAUAAGCAGCCCAUUGUACCAUGGGGACCAAGGUUUUCCAAGUCCAGUGAAAAUGACAUGCGCAUCAACCUGGCAAUAUCUGUUGCAUUUACAGCUUGGAUUCUUAUCAAACGCAGUGCUGAAUAUAAACCUCUUCAGUUUUUGGCUUUUGCAUUUGUAUAUCGAAUUUUUGAGAAGUUAAAAGCCUUUGAACCUCCUGUUUCACAAACAUAUUCAGAAGAAGGUGAAGAAGAGGGACGAACGCUGCGCUUGGGAAAACGGAUUCUUCGUUCCCUCGCACUAGUGUUUGGCUCUGUUGCUUUUGCUUCCUUGGCUUACACUGGUAUUUUGAAUUUGAUUGAGAUGGCUGGCAGUUACAUACCUGUUUUUCUUUACAAUAAUCAGGAACUGCUAAUCACCACUGCCACAUCAGUCAUUCUCUACAUCCUGGCAUCAUAUUAUCGGUAAAGAAUCGGUCAAGAGGUUGAAGGGGCAUGCAGAAAUCCUUAAUCCUGUAUCUUGUUUUUUCCCAGUUCAUUCAGUUGUCAAACGAAAUGAGGAACCUUGUAAAAAUGGAACGGUAAUACAGAAAGAAAAUUUUGGUUAAAAUAGCGUGGUUAGAUAUUUGACUCAAUUUUUAUUUA